AUGAACUGCACCGCAAAUUUCGCCGCGUUGGUCAUCAACAACCCCAAUUUUGCGAGAUAUGCUCGCAAGCCCCAGGACUCACUAUGGCCUCAAGUUAUAACUAUUCCAGUGGGAUUCGCUAUUACUUCGUUCAUCGGUAUCAUUGUUUCAUCUUCCUCAAGUGUGAUUUUUGGAAAAGCCGUGUGGAAUCCAUUGACCCUUUGGGGUGUUAUGGUGAGUGACUACUAUCUAAUGCGAAAGGGGUAUCUUGAUAUCGAAGAUCUUUAUUCCGCCCGAAAAGACAGCCUCUACUAUGGAGUGUAUGGUGUUUCUUGGCACGGUUAUACAGCCUACUUUUGCGGCAUACUCAUCAAUAUCGUUGGCUUCGCCGGUGCUGUCGGGGUUGAUGUUCCAAUCGGGAUCCUCUAA